CCUCAGGUUACAGGCGGCCCUAUAGUGUGCUACGGAGUAACGGGAAUAUAGAGGGCUUGACCCCGUUUUGGGCAUGAAGUUUGCAGUUUACUGCUGCUCAGAGUGAACGGCACGUCACAAUGGCUGUUGCCGGUUUUCCUGCCCCUGUCGGUGCACCAAAGACUGGAACAGUUACUCAUGGCCACCUCCAUCAAUCUUGUCUGCUUGGUGGUUGACCAUGUUGAAAAAAUUGCCCUCAAUAACCUGUUUGUUAUGGAUGUGUCGCCUCACACAUUUGUUAGCUUCCUUCGCAGGGCUAUCAAGUCUAGAUUAGCCCACCAAUUGAAUCAUCUGGAUGCAGACCAGCUGGUUUUGUGGAAGCUCUCGUCGCCGAUACCAACGGGGGUUACAGAAGCCGAAGUCAGAGCUUUCCAUCAAAGGAUCGAGGCCAUUACGUUCCCUGAUCCUGAAUGCGACGAGGCGCUGGAGGGAAUCGGCCCCGUACAGAUUCUCGGCCCUGUAGCCAGGAUAUCUAGAUACUGGCAGGAAGACCCCGAGGAAAGCCAUCUCCAUCUCAUCGUCCAAGUGCCUCGUGGCAGAAAGCGGAAGCGUGAGGACCCGGUCGAUGUUUCAUUGAAGCUGUACAAUAAAUGGAACGUUCCACUCUCAAUCACUCCGGACGUUAUCGAUUUGGGUGUCUAUCUGGACGCACCUCUUGAGCCCGAAGAAAAAAUUCCGAUUUCCAACCUGGAAUGGCGGAGCCUCCUGCACACAGAUCCAAGCUUUCCUGAGCUUCUUUGCUCUUCAGAAGACCUUGAGACGCUCUUUGUCAAGAAUGAGGACGAGGUGGCCAACUUCAUCCGGCCACAGGGGGCAAUUCUCUGGACCCCACCGGACUCAUCUGGUACUGACAAGUCCUUCAUUUCAUUCUGGGACAACAACAUUCAAAAAAUUCUCACGGCGUGUCUUGGCAAGUCCAAGUGGAUACGCAACAGCAACUACGGCACAAGUACUGGAUCUUUCCGGCCUGGUUUUGGUCUCCUCUUGCAGUUGGCCUGCUUAUUCCGGGGGGAGGAGGAAAGUCCAUCGUUUUUCGGAAGACAUCCUCGUCAGAAGCUCGCUGAAAAGACUCGAUGGGUCUAUGACCAUGCUCCGUAUGUGCUCGGCUACUAUGCCGUUGGUGCUAAUAUCACACUUGUAGCUAUUCAGCCCGGCAUUGAUACACAGGGAGACGAAAAAAUUGUUUUAAAAGACAUUUCAAAGGCAGAUCUGUCAACAAGGCGGGGGCGUGUCGGAAAUGCGGUAAGAAUGAUCAGACUGGUGAAGGUUCUCCGAGCAUUAGAACGUACCGUAAAAGAGGGCGUGGAUGCUGAUAUGCUUAGAUUGAUUUGCGGUGAUGGGAAAUAUAUCGAAUUUUUCAAGAAGAAGAUACGGAAGUUCUAUCGCAUAGAAGAUGAACUCAAGAUUUCCUUUCUUGAAUCGAUCUAUGACAAACUCAAAGCAAAAGGCGUGCCAAAUGUUGACACCCUUACGAGAAUUGAAAUGUCCCAUCCAGAACAUGGUUGUUUUGUUGAACUUGCACCGCGAGGUGACCCCAGCGGUCCAGAGUCUGCCGAAGAUGUUAAAAAUGCAGUCAUAUGUGUCCUCGAGGCCCUCCAGGUGUCACACACUGAGCCACAGGUGUUUCAUCGAGAUAUUCGUUGGCCAAACGUCAUGCGAAGCAUCACCAAUCCCAACCAGUGGUUCCUCAUCGACUGGGAAGAUGCUGCCGUCCCUCCAACGAAAGCAGCCCCCAACUUGGAUUCUGGAACACAUGCACCACAAGUAUUUGAGGAUGGCCAUGGUACGGAGGUUGACCUUUGGGGUGUUGGGAACCUCAUUACUAGAGCUGGUGUGCCUGGUCUCCCUGAAAACCUCUGUUCUCUUGGAAGGAAGAUGGUAAAGGGUUCUAUUUUGUCAGCCGAACAAGGGCUUAGAGAAUUAAAAUCACUGUGAUGUAGAAAUAGUGCAUGCCUUUCUCACUUUGAGAAAGUACUUUUACGGUAGGUUCCGAUCGGUUCGGUUGUGUGGCCGCAAAAUCUACGAUAAUUCUCUACAUUCCUUUAUGAAUCUAAAACAUCAUAUCGUUAUUUAGAACAACGUCCAAUUGAU